AUGAAAGUAUCGAGCAUACCAGCUUUAGCUUCACGGAGAGGAAAGUUAAUAUCAGCAGGCUAUACUUCACUCUCCUCCGUCUCUCUUUCCCACCUUGCUCAAGGUAUUCACGUAUGCUUGUGCGGACCGAACAAUGCCCUGAAAAAAGAAGUGCAAAAAAAUUAUCGACGGAGCCAGGGGCGGCCGCCGGUGCUGGCUCCGCCUUCAUUUUUUCGCUCAAUAACCACAAAGUCAGAGGCACACAAUUCAACGAUGGACAUUCGUGAAUCCAUUAGUAACCAGACUGGCAUUUCUUUAUUGCUCGCAAAAUAUUUGGUCUCGACCAAGGCCAAGGAUGCAAACCUGGUGUUCUCGCCUGUGUCGAUUCACAUGGUGCUAGGCUUGAUCGCUGCUGGGUCACAAGGUCCGACUUUAAACCAGCUUUUGAGUUUUCUCAAGUCCAAAUCCAUUGAAGAGCUCAAUUGUGUCUCAUCUCAGCUCAUCAGUCUCGUCUCUGCAAACGGUGGGCCACUUGGUGGGCCCCUAUUGUCCUUCGCCAACAGUGUUUGGGUUGAUCGGAGUCUCAGCUUGAAGUCCACCUUUAAAGAAAUUGUCGGUAGUGCUUAUAAGGCUGCUGCUACACAUGUUGAUUUUCGGACCAAGGCUGUCCAGGUAACCAAAGAAGUGAACCUAUGGGCUGAAAAGGAAACAAGAGGCUUUGUCAAGGAACUUCUUCCAUCUGACUCUGUAAAUAGUUUAACGAGGCUGAUCUUUGCAAAUGCAGUGUAUUUUAAAGGAGCCUGGAACGUGAAGUUUGACGUUUCAAAUACGAAAUAUGACAAAUUUUUCCUCCAAAAUGGGAGCUCUGUGCAAGUACCUUUCAUGACCAGCGAAAAUGAGCAAUAUAUACGUGAGUUUAGCGGUUUUAAAGUUUUAAGACUUCCAUACAAACAAGGUGAAGACAAGCAUAAGUUCUCUCUAUAUGUCUUUCUUCCGGAUGCCAUAGAUGGACUGCCAGCUUUAGUAGAAAAAGUCGGCUCUAUACCUGGAUUCUUAGAUGAUCACCUACCUUAUCAACGAGUGGAAGUGGGUUACUUCCGUAUUCCAAAAUUUAAGAUAUCUUUUGGGUUCGAAGCUUCUGCAGUCCUCAAUGGACUCGGACUGGUCUUACCUUUUUCAAGCAAUGGACUCACUGGAAUGGUAGACUCUUCCAUUGGUCAAAACCUUUAUGUUUCAAACAUUUUCCACAAAUCAUUUAUUGAGGUGAACGAGGAAGGUACAGAAGCAGCAGCUGCUACUGGUUGUGUACUAAUGUUGGAGGGUUCACCAAGAAGGAUAAGGAAAAGGGAUUUUGUGGCUGACCAUCCAUUUCUGUUUGUUGUUAGAGAAGAUAUGACUGGGGUGGUACUAUUUAUUGGGCAAAUUCAUAAUCCCCUCUCAGUUGAUUAA